AUUCACGCUCCUAUCAAUGUUAAGGAAUGUUUUGCUGAUACCAAAGGUUAUCAUAACAUUAUUUUACUUAGAAUUAUUACAAAUCGAGUAGGUAGUACUUUCGGAUUCGUUCAAGGCACUAUGAAAGGAACGCUGCUGGCCGAACUGUUGCUGGUGGGCAUCGCCGUCGGGUUCCAACGGGGUCCACAUCAUCCGAGGGCUGCCGUAUCCGGCGAACCGAGGAUCGAGAGCCACCGUCACGAGCACCCCAAACCCAUGGGCGACACGAAGUUCACCCAAGACAAACCGAUAUUGCACGACAAAAGACAUAUUGAAGAGGAUCUUGGACUCCCAAACAUUGAUGAAAGUAAUUUAACAGAUGAAGAGUUAGAAUUCAGAUAUUUCAUUGCCCAUGAUUAUGAUAAAAACACAAUGCUGGAUGGAUUAGAAUUAAUGUCUGCAUUUGCUCAUAACAUGGAAAAUCAUUAUGACACAAAUACAAAAUUACCAAACUUAGAAAAUUAUACAGAUUUGGUUGAUCAAAUACUACAUGAUGAUGAUACAAAUUACGAUGGAUUUCUUAGUUAUACUGAAUAUGUAAUUGCCAAAAAUAAGCAUUUGCAAAAUGAAUGAAGUGUUUUGCAAUUCUUUAAAAAAAUAUAUUUGUUAUUAUUUUAAACA